UCGAUUGAGAUUCUGGCGAUGGCCGAUGAUGAUCACAAACUCUGUGGUUUUCUCUGUACCGUUCUUUCCGUCGAUUCGCCUGGUCUUCUUCAAUUGGGCUCUUCCUGUUUCAUCUUCAAUGAUGGUUCCGUCACUGGUUUCAAAUCCGACAAUGGCUUGAUCUUAUCCCUCAUCAAUCCCAUCUCUAAUCUCAAAUCCCUAAUUUCGUCUGAUGUUGAGAAUUGUGGAACAAUUGAAGACGGUGGAUUGGAGACUCCACAGAAACGCCGUAAGUGCGUUGAGGGAGAGAGUAGUCGUACACGAAAGUCUCCGAAGUCGAAAAGCCGAGUUUUAUCCGGGAGCAAGGAGAAGACCGUACAGGGAAGGAAGAGGGUAAAGAGUAUAGGCAUGGUGAAUGGAAGCAUAAGUGUAGUGCAGCAGCUUCACGCUUUGGUUGCCAACAAAUGUUUGAAGAUAUUUUCUCAAGUGGUGAAGAUUGAUAAAGGUGAGAAUGGAGAAGAAAGAGCUGUGGUGUUAGUUGAUGUUUACCUGCCUAUUGCAUUGUGGUCCGGGUGGCAAUUUCCCAAAUCCCAAGCUACUGCUGCUUCAUUGUUCAAGCACUUGAGCUGUGACUGGGGACUGAGAGUCUCAAUCCUUGACGGGGAAAGUGUUUGGGAAGAGGCCAAUGGAAGAAUAAAGGCCAUCUGGGAUCUAUCUGACUGUCAUGUGUUUGAUUGCAAAUUACUCUGUAAUGCCCCAGAUUCUCCAAAAAGACGAUUGUUCAAACUACAUGAAAUCUUUAAGAGCUUGCCCAGUCCAGGAAAUCAUGAUGUGUCUUGUUCUUCUAGAGUAUUACCGUCUACUGACUCUUGUGCAUCUGGUGUAUGGGAUCUCUCAGAUGACGUUUUGAUUAGCAUACUGAUGAAACUUGACACGAAGGAUCUUUUUAGCAUUUCAGCAGUCUGCCGUCUCUUCAGAUCAUUGACCUCUCUAAUUGUGCCAUGUAUGAAUCUAAAACUCUUUCCUCAUCAGCAGGCAGCAGUUAGUUGGAUGCUGGACCGUGAGAGGAAAGCUGAUGUUUCCUCUCAUCCCCUUUACUUGAGUUUUAAUACUGAGGAUGGGUUUAGUUUCUAUGUAAAUGCUGUGACUGGUGAUAUAAUCACUGAGGCAGCUCCCAAGGUCAAGGAUUUCCGUGGGGGAAUGUUCUGCGAUGAACCAGGUCUCGGAAAGACGAUAACAGCACUAUCCCUUAUCCUAAAGACGCAGGGAACAAUGGCUGAUCCGCCUGAGGGACUUCCUAUCGUUUGGUGUACACAUAAAAGUGACAAAAAAUGUGCCUAUUAUGAGUACACGAGUGACCAGUACACUUCUAACGGCAUGUUUGCUGUAAAGAGGUUUCAAAGUCCAAGUAGCUGUCGAAACCAGUUCUCUUUUGAAGCCUUUCGUCCACUGCUGGAGUCGAAAUCGUUGCCACUUAAGCAAGCUAGGCUGAUGGAUCCAGAUGAUCAAACAUUGGAGUCUAAGAACUCAAACUUUGGAAACGAAUUUGAAACUGACAUCCCUGCGUCCCUGGAUGUAAAAGCUCAAUGUAGAAAGAGCUUGGGUAAUGUCAGAAAAAAUCUCUUGCAUGCAUAUAAUGGCGCAUCUGAGCUCUCCAAAGUGAUGGAAGCUAAAAGAAUCGGUAAUUGGAAGAAAUGUGGUAUGAUAACAGGUUGCAAGAGAAAGGGUCUUACUGAUUCGGAUGUGGAAAGCGAUAUUUGGAUACAGUGUGAUUCUUGCUCAAAGUGGCGGAGAAUAAUAGAUGAAGGUGUAUCUGUUACUGGUUCUGCAUGGUUUUGUAGCAACAAUGCUGACCCUGCAUAUCAGAGUUGUAAUGAUCCUGAAGAAUUAUGGGAUAGAUCUCAACCUAUAAAAUUCUUGCAAGGGUUUUAUACUAAGGGAGCCUCUGGUGAAGAAAAUGAUAAUAUCUCUUUCUUCACCAGUGUCCUUCGGGAACACAAGUCUUCAGUAAACUCAACCGUAAAGAAAGCCUUAAUUUGGCUUGCUAAACUCCCUAUUGAGAAGCUCUCACAGAUGGAAACAGUUGGCUUACCUGGUCCAGUGUUGGGUUUGAAUAAAGAGGCCCUUGGGUUCCAGAGAAUAUUUCGAGCAUUUGGUCUUAAGAGUAGAGUUGAAAAGGGUGUCACCAAAUGGUUUUACCCGAAGUUUCUUGAGAACUUAGUAUUUGAUGUACCUGCCCUCAAAGUUGCUCUCUGUCAGCCGCUGGAUACAUUUAGACUGUAUUUGUCAAAAGCAACUCUAAUCGUCGUCCCCACGAAUUUAGUUAAUCAUUGGACAACACAAAUCCAAAAACAUGUUUGCUCUGAUCAGCUUCGUAUUCUCGUUUGGACUGACCAUAUAGAGCUAUCUCCACACAGCUUGGCUUGGGAUUAUGAUGUUGUGAUCACAACUUUUAGUCGCUUAAGUGCAGAAUGGAAUCCCCGGAAGAAAAGCCCAUUGAUCCAAGUGCAUUGGCUUAGGGUCAUGCUAGAUGAAGGACACACUCUUGGUUCUAGUGUCAGUUUGACUAAUAAAUUUCAGAUGGCUGUUUCUCUGACAGCUUGUAAUCGUUGGCUAUUGACAGGAACACCAACCCCUAACACACCAAAUAGCCAGCUUUCACAUAUCCAACCUCUUUUGAAGUUUCUUCACGAGGAAGUAUAUGGAGAAAAUCCAAAGUUUUGGGAAGCUGGCAUCCUUAGACCAUUUGAAGCAGAAAUGGAGGAGGGUCGUUUGCGUUUACUUCAGCUGCUUCAGAGAUGCAUGAUAAGCUCUAGAAAGAAAGAUCUGAAGAUGAUUCCUCCGUGUAUCAAGAAGGUGACAUACCUUAAUUUCCUUCCAGGUCAUGCAAGAAGCUACAAUGAACUAGUGGAGACAGUUAGGCGUAAUAUCUUAUUAGCUGAUUGGAAUGAUCCAUCUCAUGUAGAAAGUCUGCUUAACUCUAAACAGUGGAAAUUUCGAAGCAUUACCAUCAGUAAUGUCAGACUAUCUUGCUGUGUGGCUGGACAUAUUAAAAUGACUGACGCUGGUCAUGAUAUCAAAGAGACAAUGGAUGCUUUACAUGAAAAUGGUCUGGAUCUUUCGACAGAGGAGUAUUCUUUUAUUCAAGGUAGCCUUAUUGGUGGCUGUAACUGUAAAAGAUGUGGGGAAUGGUGCCGACUUCCUGUUAUCACUCCAUGUAGACACCUGCUGUGCCUUGAUUGUGUUGCCCUUGAUAGCGAAAGGUGUACUAUUCCUGGUUGUGGAUAUUUAUAUGAGAUGCAAAGUCCUGAAACGUUGGCUCGACCAGAAAAUCCAAAUCCAAAGUGGCCUGUGCCAAAGGAUCUUAUUGAGUUACAGCCUUCAUAUAAACAGGACGACUGGAAUCCUGACUGGCAAUCUACGUCCAGCAGUAAAGUCAGUUAUCUCGUAGACAGGCUGAGGAAGUUACAUGAGGGUAAUAGAAAAAGCAUUUUGUCUUUCAACAAGACUGACAAUGACAACCUGGAAGACAAUUCCCCUGGUACCUCGGAAUCCUUUUUGGGGAAAGAAUUCCAUGGACAGGAUUGUGGAUCUCAGAUGAUAUUUGUUGAUAAAGUAUUGAUUUUCUCUCAAUUUCUUGAGCAUAUUCACGUGAUUGAACAACAGUUGACAACUGCUGGCAUCAAGUUUGGUAAAAUGUACAGUCCAAUGCAUUCAUGUAAUAAGAUGAAAUCUCUGGCAAUGUUCCAGAACGAUGCUGAUUGCAUGGCACUUUUGAUGGAUGGAAGUGCGGCCCUUGGUCUUGAUUUGAGCUUUGUAACACAUGUUUUCCUGAUGGAACCAAUCUGGGAUAAAAGCUUGGAAGAGCAAGUCAUUAGUCGUGCUCAUCGGAUGGGUGCAAAGCGCCCUAUUUUUGUAGAAACCUUAACCAUGCGUGGCACGAUUGAAGAACAAAUGAUGAGAUUCCUGGAGGAUGCAGAAAAGAGUGAUAGGUUAUUGAGUGGGGACUACAUAGAAGCGAAGCAGGAGACAACACGGUGCCGUCGAACGCUACAUGAUUUGGCAGAAAGCAAUUACCUGUCUCAUCUUAGCUUUGUCCGAUCCGAUGGCAAAAUGGAAUUUGCAGCUUCGCAGCUUGCAGGUUUAAAAGACACCAAUUAGCUUAAGAAAAGUAGGAUUAUUUU